AAAUUUACACGACUAGAAAAAGGGUCCCGUGUAAGUACCGGUGCAGUGCUACUAACAUUCGCUUCGCAAGCGACGGACAUGAAAAGGUUGUCCUAAAUGUGGGUGCAUAGUAGGAUACGUCUAAAUCGACAGCAUGAUAAGUGUAGUAGCGAAGACUAAUCGAUUACAACCAUUUCUAUAUCUAAUUUUGCACUUCAAUAUUUUCUUCAAUCAUAUUAAUUCCACGCCUCAUAGCGGUUUGAAUGAAUUCACAGGUAUGGAACGCCCAUAUUUUGAUGAUGAUAGCCCUCGUAACGUAUCGACAGUAGCUGAUGAGCCUGCGAUACUAAAAUGUCGCGUUAAGAACAAAGGCAACCGUACGGUUUCAUGGAUGCGUAAGCGAGAUCUUCAUAUACUGACAACUAACAUCUAUACUUAUACUGGCGAUCAGCGUUUCUCUGUUCUGCAUCCUCCCGGCAGCGAUUAUUGGGACUUAAAAAUCGAAUAUGCGCAGCAGAGAGAUAGUGGAAUUUACGAAUGCCAAGUAAAUACGGAGCCGAAAAUUAAUUUAGCCGUAUCACUAGAAGUUAAUGCCGAGGCCGAUAUUAGAGAUAAGAUUACCGAACCCCAAUACUACGAUGCGAAAGGUUAGAUCCGCAGUUAAUAAUUCAAUAUUUUCUUUGAUUUUCAGAAAAAAAGAUCAAAGUGCUUGGGUGCUAAAGAUUUUUGAUCACUAAAUGUAGUUUAUGCAUUAUAUGUAUAUAACUUUAUUCAUAGAAACCUACAAUUUAUUUCAAAUUGGCUUUAAAAAGUAUACCAUAUACAUGAAAAGUGUAUACCAAACGCUUAGUAGGUAAAAAAUAUACGAUGUAUCACACAACAUUUUUUCUAUUUUUUUGAAUAAAGAUGACAUAUUUUUAAGAUUAAUUAAGGUAUAAUAUAUUUGAGAUUAGAACGAAUUUGUUAGGAUUAGUAUUUCAAUGUAU